UGCAUUUUGUGUCCGUUACUUAACCUUUUUAGUUGAAUUCUAACUUGUCUGAAGCAACUCAUAAAAUAUCUACAAGAAUUAUUAUAUUCGUUUAUAAAUAAUAUAUAAGAAUGUAAAUUUUCAUAAAUUAACGGGAGAAAUAUGAUUGGGUAAUCAUUUAUUUAUAAUUUUCAUCGAUUUGACUACAAAGUUAUGAAAUUAUCGAUCACAUUACAAAGUCGAUGGAUAUAUCCGCACAAAUAUUUUGUAAUUUGAUAGUACAGAUUAUCCUAGUCAAUCUAACUGCGACAGUUCGAACGGUAUUACAAGAGAACAUAUAAAUUGCAGUUUUUAUUUCACGGUGAUCUCUCAUACGUACCUAUUCAAGUCGCGAUAUUAUAUCGUCGGAUAAUAUAUAACCAAGUGUAUUUGAUUCGUCCUUGAAUAUAAACUGUCAUGAUUUUCCGAUAAAAAUAAUCGAGUAGUAUUUUAAAUCCGCAAUUUAAAAAUAGUUAUUUAACCAUUCAAGAUUUGCAAAUGUUUCGUUUUACACGAGCAUAUAUAUGAUAACAUUAACAUUUAUUUAUAUCCAUUCACUCAUUAUUUCAUACAAGUUUUUACUUCGUCACUCGAAAAAGUGCUUUUUCAAUUCACACAUUAAUGCGAACGCGAAAAUACGUUUGGCAAAAAAUAAUUUCCUUAUACGUAAUUAAAGUUUUUCUAUUGAAUAAUAACAGUUAACUUCACGUUUAUAUUCGUUACUAUAACGAUUUAAAUAGCAUAACGCAAAACUAAAUAUGUAAUGAGAAAAGAUUUGAAAUAAGAAAGUUUCUGCUCCAAAUUCAAUCUCUAGAUUUUGUAAAUCCGUAUAAAAGAAUUAGUAGAUUAUAAUAGUUUAAUCAAUUAGUUUCUCUGGUGAUGUGCAUCAAUGCAUAAUAUAAUAAGACAUCCAACGUUUAUCUGGAAAUUGUUACGAUGGAUUCCAACGAGAAUAUUAAUAUGCUUAAUGAUGUUUACUUGCUGUUGGACCAGUUACAUGUGUCGUUUACAAAUGCCUAUCUUGGCAGUACCAAUGAUCAAGGCUUUACCGACCGAAGAUGUAACCGGUGCAUGUUUCAAUGACAAUGAACGUCAACGGCGAUCUCUUUUGAUGCUCGAACCGAUUGAUUUCAUUGAAGAAUAUAUCAUGGACAGAAAAUUAAACUUUUAUGAAACCAAAGAGAUUGAAGGUGAAGGUGAACGCUUUCUCCGACAAACAGAUGACCAAGCUGAACAACCAAGUCGACCUUCAAGUUUUGAACUUUUUAAUGGAUUGCCUUUUGAUUGGAGUCCUCAUAUUCGCGGACAAUUAAUAGCUGCUUACGGUUACGGAUAUCUUCCUGGAUGUUUUCUUGGCGGUCUGAUGGCCUUGAAAUGGGGUCCACGAAAGGCAAUUCUUUGGACAUCCGUAUUAGCGGCUUUUAUAAGUCUAAUCACUCCUAUACUAGCACAAAUUCAUUGGGGUGCACUCGUAUUCGCUAGAAUGAUUAUAGGAUUGACCGGAGGCGUCACUUUUCCCGCUUGUCACACUUUAGUUGCCAAAUGGGCACCUCCUGAUGAACGAGCGCGUUUUGUUUGGUCUCUUUUAGGUGGUACGUUUGGUACUGUCUUCACGUAUCCUAUGGUUGCUGCUAUAGCUGACUAUAUAAAUUGGGAAUCUGCGUGGUAUAUACCAUCUGUGAUGAUGUUUUUAUGGAUAAUAUUUUGGGCAUUGUUAACUUUUGAUUCACCUAUGGAACAUCCGGGUAUAACCGAAGAGGAAAAAGAAUAUAUUUUAAAUUCUCAAGCUGGAAUAGUGAGAAUGCAAAAGCCUACGUUAAAGCAGACACCAAUCAAACAGAUAUUUACUUCGAUUCCGUUCAUCAGUCUUGUUAUCUGCCACUUUGGCAAUCUUUUCUUACUCUUUUUUUAUCAAAAUUCGUUAAUGUUGUACAUGACGAAAGCACUAGGUUUCCAACUUACCAAAGGCGGUACUGCUGCCGGUCUUCCUUGGGCUGGUAGAAUGUUAUUUGGUUUCUUUUUUUGUUGGGCUGGCGAUAACAUUAAAAAGAAACAACUUAUGAGUGUCACUAAACUUCGAAAAUGUGCUACUAUAUUUUCUCAUCUAUUACCAGGCAUCUUUUUAAUAUUAGUUGGUUAUGCCGAAUGUUCCUUAUAUCUUGCUAACGUAUUCUUGUUCUUUGCUUUGGGUUUCAACGGAGCGGCGAGUAUAGCGAAUCUCUCGAACAAUCAAGAUAUCUCUCCAAAUUUUGCAGGUUUUUUGUACGGAAUUAUGAAUACUGUUGGGAGUGUAUCUAGUGUGAUAAUACCGACGAUGGUGGAAGAAAUUGCAGGCAAAUAUGGGAAUCCAAUCCAUAAAUGGCGAAUACUAUUUUGGAUUGGUGCUGGUGUGUGCAUUCUGAGUAUGGUUAUUUUUAUUAUUGGUGGAAGUGGAGAAAUACAAAAAUGGAAUGAAAUUAAAGAUCAACCAGAUGCAGAGAGGGGAAAGGCAGAAGCUGGAACGACAUAGGCAUUGCUUUCCUAUAUUUUGAUUAUAAUGCUUUAAUUAUUUGUUUCUAAAAUUGAAAUCGGAAAAAUACAAUAUAUAAUAUAGAAAAUCGAAAUUAAAAUUAAAAAAAAAGAUUUGAUAAUAUUAAAUCAAUGUUAUUUUAAUUGUUAUGAUAUAAUAUAUUAUGUAUUUAUAUAAAUUAUAAACAUAUUUCUAAUCAACAUAAAAUGAUUAAAUCAUUUGCACGUUUCACGAAUUUUUCGGAGAACAUAUCGAUUUUAUUUGCAUUAUUUAAAUAUGUAAAUAUAUGACUCAUUGCAUGUAGAAAAAUAGUAACUGAAAUUGUCUUACGAACGUCCAGGAAAUAAAACGCGAGAUUACAUAA